GGCGCGCUCCGGUGAGGUCAAGCAGAGUUAAGAUGGCAGCGCCGGCGAAAGGCGUGUGGUGCUCCCUGAGACCUUUGCUGCGGGUGGUCCAGACUCGGGACCUCGACGCUCGGCGCUGGGUCCGGGCGCUGAGGCGCAGCCCGGUGAGAGUGCUGUCUCCCUCCGGACAGGUGCUGAAGGAUCAGAAGCGCGCUCCUGUCAAGCAGCCCCGCAAGGCGGUCCCUGAAGCCAGUUCCCGGGAGCAGCGGCAGAAACAUCCUCUGGAGACAUCCCCAUCCCAGACCCCUCACACCUGGGAAGAGGCAGGGCUUCGCUACGAUAAGGCCUUUCCCGGGGACAGGAGGCUAAGCAGUGUGAUGACAAUAGUUAAGUCCAGGCCUUUUCGGGAAAAGCAAGGGAAGAUCCUAUUGGAAGGUCGCCGGCUGAUUGUAGAUGCUCUCAAGGCUGGAGCUGUGCCAAAAGUGUUCUUCUUUAGCCGUCUGGAAUAUGUCAAGGAGUUGCCCGUAGAUAAGCUGAAAGGUGUCAGCCUCAUUAAGGUGAAAUUUGAGGACAUCAAGGAUUGGUCGGACCUAGUAACGCCACAGGGAAUAAUGGGGAUUUUUGCCAAACCUGACCCUGUUAAGAUGACAUACCCAAAGACUCAGCUUCACCAUUCACUGCCCGUAGUAUUGAUUUGUGACAAUCUCCGUGACCCUGGGAACCUGGGGACAAUUCUGAGAUCUGCAGCUGGAGCGGGCUGCAGUAAAGUCUUACUCACCAAAGGCUGUGUGGAUGCCUGGGAGCCUAAAGUGCUUCGGGCAGGCAUGGGGGCACAUUUCCAGGUGCCUAUUGUCAACAACCUGGAGUGGGAAGCAGUGCCCGGUCACCUGCCUCCUGACACCCGAGUCUAUGUGGCCGACAACUGUGGUCUCUGUGCCCAGACUCAGACAGCCAAUAAAACUGGUGGGCAUGGCGGGGCGUGUGAUCGCCAAUUCCUGAAGUUUCACAAGUAUGAAGAAGACCUGGACACUAACACCAGGGAAGACUGGCUUCCCACACUCGAGGUCCAGGGCUAUGAUGUGGACUGGACAGAAGCACCAGCUGCUGUGGUGAUAGGUGGGGAGACGCAUGGGGUGAGCCUGGAAUCCCUGCAGUUGGCCGAGAGCACCGGGGGCAGGAGACUGCUGAUCCCCGUCGUACCUGGUGUGGACAGCCUGAAUUCAGCCAUGGCUGCAAGCAUCCUGCUCUUUGAAGGGAAAAGGCAGCUGAGGAUGAAGGCUGAAGACUUGAGCAGGGACAGGAGUUACCACUGAAGGAGUGCAGCAGUCCUCAGUGGGGGUGGG